AUGGUGCCUCAUGCUAGAAGAAUUGUUAGACCCGUCUACCGGAGGCCAUAUCCGGAGCAUUUUGAUCAAGAGGAAUUUCCACAAGGAUUCAAAGUUUCAGAUUUUACAUUAUUUUCAGGAGAUGGACACCAGUUGACCAUGGAGCAUAUUGGUCGAUUCACGGCUCAAUGUGCGGAAAUCGGAUAUCGCGAGGUCUUGAAAUUAAGGCUAUUCCCCAGCACCCUCAUAGGGGCUGCUUUUUCAUGGUAUGUGAAACUUCCUCAGAAUUCUGUUCCAAAUUGGCAGACCAAUGAGCAAAUCUUCCACGAACAAUUUUAUUGGCCGGAGCCAGAUGAGUCAAUGGCUGACUUGGCCAAGAUGCACCAAGGACCAAACGAGUCAGUCCAUGAAUACUUGGGGAAAUUCAGAGAAACAAGGGCCAGAUGUACGGUCAACAUGCCUGAACAUGAGUUUGCAAAGUUGGCUCAAGGUGGGUUGUUGCUCGAUGUCCAGAAAAGGUUCGAGGGUAUUGAAUUCCACGAUAUUUAUAACCUCCUACUUCAGGUGGAUCGAUAUGAAGCUCUUUUAAAGGAGGAACAACAAAAGAAUUGGCCGACAUCUCGAUCGACUUUUUAUAGAGAUCUACCAAAACCUUUCACAUCUAGAACCAUGGCUAUCCAUGUGGUGGAUGUCGAAAAUGUGGACUCGAAUAAGGCAGAUGAGGAAAUCUUCCUAGAAGAAGAAGAAGAAUCGACGAGGAUAAACUUGGCUGAAAUCGUGGUCAGCGAACCACACGUAUGCAAGGCUUUGUCCAAAGCCUCCAAGGAUCAUAGGCCAAUAACGGUCCAGAUUUCUAAGUUUAGCGGAACUUCUCAAAAGAGAGUCGGAACCAAGUCCUAUACCUUUGACAUUUCGAAAGCCGAACUAAUCUUUGGCCAACUUUUAAAAGAAAAGAUGAUAAAGUUUCCAAAUGGUCAUGAUAUUCCGUCGGCUUAA